ACUUCCGCUCGUCCGUCUAAAACGCGCCUGCGCACUACCCCACUUCCUCUCUGGGUUCCGGCUUGGUUUUUGGCGACAUGGCUAAACGCACGAAGAAAGUCGGAAUCGUCGGUAAAUACGGGACCCGUUAUGGCGCCUCCCUCCGGAAAAUGGUGAAGAAAAUUGAAAUCAGCCAGCACGCCAAGUACACUUGCUCCUUCUGUGGCAAAACCAAGAUGAAGAGACGAGCUGUGGGGAUCUGGCACUGUGGUUCUUGCAUGAAAACAGUAGCUGGUGGUGCCUGGACCUACAACACCACUUCUGCUGUCACGGUCAAGUCUGCCAUCAGAAGACUGAAGGAAUUGAAAGACCAGUAGAAGCACCACAAUUGAACCAUUGGUAGCCUAUAAUAAAUGGUUUAAUUUAUGUAACAAAAUUA